AUGCCUCUUCUCGUCCUCACCAACGCCACCAGCCACCAAUCCCGCUCCAUCAUCUCCGCCAUCCAAUCCGACCCCUCCCUCAGCAAAGAAUACACCAUCCGCGGCCUCACGCGCGACCCAUCAAGCGCGCGCUCCCAAUCCCUCGCCACCAGCACCGGAAUCGAGCUCGUCUACGCCGACGUCUCCGAUUCAAUCUCUCUCCGGACGGCCUUCCAAGACGCAGACAUCGUCUUCGCAACGACCAUCACCCUCUACGAUGGACAUACCUACGACCAUGAAGUCGAGCAUGGGAAGGCCAUCGCCGACGCCGCAGUUGCCAUGGCCGUGCCGUAUCUGAUUUAUUCCACCUUACCCAGUAUUAAGCGUCUUUCGGGCGGUGUGUUGUCUGGAGCGGGCCAGUGGGAUGGAAAGAGCGUGGUUGAGGAGUAUAUUCGGGGUUUACCGAUCAAGGCGGCGUUUAUUUGUCCCGGGUCGUUUAUGGAGAAUUUUCAUGCGGCGUUGGCGCCGAGACGCGUUCCUCAUCAUCGUACUCUUGACUAUGAUCAUGCUGAUUGUGGUGGCGAUGAAGGGGAGUAUGCUUUAACUUGCUUUGUAUCCCCAACAACCAAGCUCCCUUUGAUUGCAGUGGAGUCUGAUUUCGGGAAGUGGGUGGCUGCCAUGGUCGCUGACUUCGAACGCUUCGAGUACCGUGUGGUUUGUGCGGCGACGAGGAUGUAUUCGCUUCAGGAGAUUGUGGACAUUAUGAGUACCGUGUCGGGCAAGCGCGUGGUGUAUAAUCAGGUGGGGAAGGAGGCUUGGGGCGAUGCUUUGCCUCCCGCGAGAAGACCGUAUAUGCUGGAUAUGAUGCAGUGGUUUCAGGAUUAUGGCUAUUUCGGGGAGGGUACGGAGGGAAAGGUUAGAGCUGGGAGGGAGGAGGCGAAGGUCGAGGUUAUUGAGCUGGAGGAGUAUUUGAGACGGAAGCCGUUGGUUUUGCGGUAG